AUGUCCACCUGGUCCUGGAGUGGCGUGACCACCUGGCACUGGCAUGGCGUCUCCACUAGGUCCCGGAGCAUGAGGUGCCUGCACCAGCUCUGGGGCUCCAGCUAUGGCUGCACCCGCCUCUCCUGCGCCUCCGAGGCCCUCGUGCCCUUCAGGGCCAUUUUGGUCACCAGGCCCAUCCAGACCUCCCUGGCCUUCAACAUCUCCCACCACACCACCCCUGCCAGCACCUGGGUCUGCGGCCUCCAUGACCACUCACACUGCAGGUCAGCCCACCACUGCCACCUGGAGCGUCUGAGGCACCCAAAGGAAACCAUGCCCCUGGGCGGGUGA